CUGUAAUUGACUACGAAUAGACUAUGACUGCCAAAUCGGUGUUGUACCUAAUAUCGUCUGACUUUUUUCUUCGUAUUCAUGCAUAGACGAUAUUACCACCCAAGAACUUCGGACAAUCAUACAGUCUUUUGGUCGGAACUGACUGAGGCUGAAUUUCAGAACUUGAUAAGUGAAGUGGACUCAGAUGGAGUUGGUACAAUUGACUUCCCGGAUUUCCUAGCAGUGAGAAUGAGGGAAAGAGAAGACCGUGAUAAGGGCAAAGAGAUCGAAGAUGCUUUCAAGGUGUUGACCAAGAUUGCGAUGGAUUCAUCAACGGUGUCGAAUUGCAUAAUGUUAUGAUCAAAUAAGGUGAACGUCUUACAGACAAACAAAUUCGAUAGGGAUGGGAACGGGCGAGCCAAUUAUGAAGAAUUCCUAGACAUUCAUUAUCAGAUUACGCCAUUAUAUUUCAUCCUCAUUUUACGGACC